AAACAAAAAAAAGCCCUUCGACCUCUUCUUUCUCAGAUUCACUCAAUUCCAUCAAUUCUCUCAUAUUUCUCUUCUUCCUCCAAGUCACUCAGUCAGUGUUCUUCUUCCUCCGAUAUUCCCCGCCGGUUCAGAUUCACGUAUUAUUUCCACUCGAUUAGAAAGAACGAAGAAAACCCAAUCUCCGUCAAACUCAACCUUCCUCAGCUCACUACUGUCACCUUUCUCUUCACUGGUGGACUAAGAAGAAGACCUAAGUGUCCUGUUACUGGAAAAAAGAUCCAAGGGUCACUAAAAAUUGGAGUAAAAGUGCCUAAAGUCUCCAAGUCAAAGAAAAUUUCAUGGUCAAAAAUUCGGUGUCCCCGUCAAAUUAAUAGCAUUGACUGUGGAUAUUUUGUAAUGCGAUUUAUGAAAGAGGUCAUUGUGCAAAAUGAAAUUAUGAUCCCCGUAAAUUACUUUCCUGACCACAAAUGUCAUACCUACUCUAUGGAUAAGUUAACCGAGAUCAAGGAGGAUUGGGCUACCUAUAUGGUGGAUGAUAUUUUUGGAAAACAAGAAGCAGUUAUUUUGCCUAGCUAGCUAGCAAAGUGAUUAUAUAUCUGGGUUUGGCAGUGCUUUGGUUCGCGAAGUAGUUACUUGAUGUUGUUUUGUAGUCCUUUCUUGUUUUGUUAGAUGUUUUCUUUAGUUUAGAUAAUAUGCCUAACUAAGUGAUUUUACUUUUGUUUGGAAUUUGGUUUGAUGUACUCUUAGUUGGACCAAAUGAAUUACUUAUGACAAAAGUUCUAGCUUAAUUUCAUUGAGAUCAAUGUUGA